GUACAGCUCGUUUUAUGAGUGAAUCUUUACUGCGGGAAUGUUUGAGUCGAGGGAGUACGUUUCGGAUUUUGAAUCCGAAACUUCCAGUAAUAUCGACCGUGGCAGUGAGAUAAGGUUGUUAUUUUUCUAUGAUUUUGUAAAAUACUUGUCUACUAAAUUGUGGUAGCCAAUAUGACAUACCUCCUUCUAAGGAUAAGGAGCUAUGGGAAAAACCUGUCAGGCCUCGUUUUCCAGCGUAUGGAAACUCGAAAGCGAUUUUGGAUGCAGAAAAUAAAAGGUAUUUUUUAAAUGCUAUAUGUCGUUUUUCUGUAGAGCCUACAAUUCAACCAUACGACAUCAUCUGCUAAAUCUUAAUGCUUUUGAACGACAUAAAAAGUUGGUGAAUGACUAUUUGCAAUAUUACGGUGGAUCAUGGAAGGACUUCCAACGUGACAAUUCAAAGGAUAAAACAGAUGUUGACGUUAUAAAAGAGCAUGGGAGGUUCUUGUGGUCAGAAGAAGAUGAAGCGACAUCAUGGUCCGACCGUCUUGCUAAAAAAUACUGGGAAAAACUAUUUAAAGAAUAUUGCCUUAUUGAUUUAUCACGCUACAAAGAAAAUAAGUUUGGUAUGAGAUGGAGAUUAGAAAAAGAAGUGAUCUCCGGUAAAGGUCAGUUCACUUGUGGGAAUGUAGCUUGCCCAGCUGGAUCUGAACGUCUUCGUAGUUGGGAAGUGAAUUUUGUUUAUCAGGAACGUGGUGAACGACGUAAUGCUUUGGUUAAAAUACGUUUAUGUCCUCCUUGUUCUGAGAAGUUGAAUUAUCGAUAUCGGAGGCGAGAUGUUACCGGUCAACAAUUAAAUUCACAUCAAGGUGACGAUGAACGCAUCACCAGUCAACAAGGAACAAAUAAUGGUGAUGAUAAUAAUAUAGACUCUUCAAGUACUUCCCCGUCCUCAAAGCGUCCGCGUAUUGAUGGCACUAACGAUAAUAAUUGUGAUAAUGUCAAAGCGUUAUCAUCUGAAGAGAAAUCUUCCGAUCUGAAUUCAGUAUGGUGUUGUACAUCAAGUCAAUCGGGACAGAAUGGCAGUAAAAGAUCCUCAACUACUUCUACCGCUACGAGUAGUGGUGUUGGUACCAUCAAAACACAAGAUGAUGAAUUUGAUGAAUAUUUUGCCGAUAUGUUAAUGUAACUUAGUGAUUAUACUGCUAUUAUCGUUUUUUCGCUUCCAAUUUCCAUCUUCCUCUAUUGCACACAUAUUUACAUACACAAAUACCAAUCAUCCUGUACAGAUACUGUGUAUAAUUUUCUUUCAUGCUUUAUGCUACUGUUUCAUAUAGGUUCGGUCUAAACUAUGCUUACUGGUAAUUAUGUUAGCCUUAGUCAAAUUUUGAUUGUCUGUAUAUUGUGUCUGUAACAUUAUUGGGUUUUACUUAUGUACUGUUCAGUAUGUUAACAUUCAAAAGACCUUAUACUUAUCUGAUUAUGAUAUGUUAAAAGCAGUUGUUGCAUUUUUCUUUUGUAAAUUUAGUACAAAUUAUUCCUAUUUAUUGAAGUUGUAUGAACGUCUAUGUCUGCCUUCUUGUAUGGUGUAUCGGUUAUACGCAAUUGAAAUACAACAGAUAAUCAUUUGGUUUCGUGUUUUAGCAUUUAUUAAUUUUGUUAAGAUGUGCAGGAAAAUAUACCAAUAGUUAUCAUGUUGAGUCUAAUGUUGACCUUGGACGCUAAAUGUACAUUCCCUAUUGGUCGAUAUUUACUUCACUUGUUUAAUAUUGUGUAAAUGUUGUUUUCCAUUUUUAUGGUACGAUGUGGUAUGUUUGGUUAGUAUAUAAAUAGAGUAUGUCUGAAAUACAGUGAUUCAUAUCUCA